CUCAGUCCGCGCAGUAACAAAUGGAAGUGCGCGCUGCGACACCUCCCAGCCCACCGGGGUCCGCCGCCAUUUCCUCGCCUGGCCUAACGGUUUGGCCAAUCGCAGCGCGCAUCAAGAAGGACUAGCGCUCCGCCAAUCGGAGGCCGCCGGCUUCGACCCCUUGCCUCUGCCCGGCCCAAUCCAGGCCGCGGCCCCGUCGCCCCCAACCCGCCCCCGCGGCACUCUCUCUCCUCCCUCUUUGUGCGUCUCGCGCCGCCGCCGCCCGCCGCGUGAGAGGACGGGCUCCGCGCGCUCCUCGGCAGCGUAGUCGGGUCCCCUCCCCCCCGGAAGGUUCGCGAAGGAGAAGCCGCCGCCGAGGAAGAGCCGCCGCCGGUGCCGGUCCCCGGGGGCGCCAUGGCGACCGGAGCGAACGCCACGCCGCUGGGUAAGCUGGGGCCCGCCGGCCUCCCCCCGCUUCCCGGGCCCAAAGGGGGCUUCGAUCCGGGGCCUCCGCCCGCGCCUGGGGCGGGGCUGCUGGCGCCCGGGCCGCCGCCGCCCCCGGGCUCGAUGGGAGCCCUGACCGCGGCCUUCCCCUUCGCGGCGCUACCGCCGCCGCCGCCGCCGCCGCCCCCCCCGCCUCCCCAGCAGCCGCCGCCGCCGCCACCGCCGCCGUCCCCUGGCGCCUCGUACCCGCCGCCGCAGCCGCCCCCCGCGCCGUCGCUCUACCAGCGCGUGUCGCCGCCGCAGCCGCCGCGUCAGGACCAGCAGCCGGGCCCGGCCGGCGGCGGAGGAGACUUCCCAAGUAAGAAGCGGAAACGGAGCAGAUGGAAUCAAGAUACAAUGGAACAGAAGACAGUGAUUCCAGGAAUGCCUACUGUUAUUCCCCCUGGACUUACUCGGGAACAAGAAAGAGCUUACAUAGUGCAACUGCAGAUAGAAGACCUGACUCGUAAACUGCGCACAGGAGACCUGGGCAUCCCCCCUAACCCUGAGGACAGGUCCCCUUCCCCUGAGCCCAUCUACAAUAGUGAGGGGAAGCGACUUAACACCAGAGAGUUCCGUACCCGCAAAAAGCUGGAAGAGGAGCGGCACAACCUCAUCACAGAGAUGGUUGCCCUCAACCCUGAUUUCAAGCCACCUGCAGAUUAUAAACCUCCAGCAACACGUGUGAGUGAUAAAGUAAUGAUCCCUCAAGAUGAGUAUCCAGAAAUCAACUUUGUUGGGCUACUAAUUGGGCCCAGAGGGAACACCCUGAAGAAUAUUGAGAAGGAGUGUAACGCCAAGAUCAUGAUCCGGGGGAAAGGGUCUGUGAAAGAAGGGAAGGUUGGACGCAAAGAUGGCCAGAUGUUGCCAGGGGAAGAUGAGCCACUUCAUGCCCUAGUCACUGCCAAUACAAUGGAGAAUGUUAAAAAGGCAGUAGAACAGAUCAGAAACAUCCUGAAGCAAGGUAUUGAGACCCCAGAGGACCAGAAUGAUCUACGGAAGAUGCAGCUUCGAGAAUUGGCUCGCUUGAAUGGUACCCUUCGGGAAGAUGAUAACAGAAUCUUAAGACCCUGGCAGAGCUCAGAGACCCGCAGCAUUACCAAUACUACAGUGUGUACUAAGUGUGGAGGAGCUGGCCACAUUGCUUCAGAUUGCAAGUUUCAAAGGCCUGGUGACCCCCAGUCAGCUCAGGAUAAAGCACGGAUGGAUAAAGAAUAUUUGUCCUUGAUGGCUGAACUUGGGGAAGCUCCUGUCCCAGCAUCUGUGGGCUCCACCUCUGGGCCUGCGACCACACCCUUGGCUAGUGCACCUCGGCCUGCUGCUCCUGCCAACAACCCGCCUCCACCGUCUCUCAUGUCCACCACCCAGAGCCGCCCACCCUGGAUGAAUUCUGGCCCUUCAGAGAGUCGGCCUUAUCAUGGCAUGCAUGGAGGUGGUCCUGGCGGGCCUGGAGGUGGCCCCCACAGCUUCCCACACCCAUUACCCAGCCUGACAGGUGGGCAUGGUGGACAUCCCAUGCAGCACAACCCAAAUGGACCCCCACCCCCUUGGAUGCAGCCACCGCCACCACCGAUGAACCAGGGCCCCCACCCACCUGGGCACCAUGGCCCUCCUCCAAUGGAUCAGUACCUGGGAAGUACGCCUGUGGGCUCUGGGGUCUAUCGCCUGCAUCAAGGAAAAGGUAUGAUGCCGCCGCCGCCUAUGGGCAUGAUGCCGCCACCGCCGCCGCCUCCCAGUGGGCAGCCCCCGCCCCCUCCCUCUGGUCCUCUUCCCCCAUGGCAGCAGCAGCAGCAGCAGCCUCCGCCACCCCCUCCGCCCAGCAGCAGUAUGGCUUCCAGUACCCCCUUGCCAUGGCAGCAAAAUACGACGACUACCACCACGAGCGCUGGCACAGGGUCCAUCCCGCCAUGGCAACAGCAGCAGGCGGCUGCCGCAGCUUCUCCAGGAGCCCCUCAGAUGCAAGGCAACCCCACUAUGGUGCCCCUGCCCCCCGGGGUCCAGCCGCCUCUGCCGCCCGGGGCCCCUCCCCCUCCGCCGCCUCCGCCACCUGGUUCCGCCGGCAUGAUGUAUGCCCCGCCCCCUCCUCCUCCGCCUCCCAUGGACCCUUCUAACUUUGUCACCAUGAUGGGCAUGGGGGUGGCGGGCAUGCCACCCUUCGGGAUGCCUCCAGCUCCCCCACCGCCUCCACCACAGAACUAGACUCGUUUUUUAAGAAAAUAUAUAUUAUAUAUAGAGAGAAUUGGUCUCGUUUAAACACACGCCGAACCUCACCAUAUGGAGCCAGACAUUGGGACGCACGCAUGUGAUUGUGUGUGCACGCAUGUGUGUGUGUGCACGCACCGGGCUGGGCCAAGCGACUGAGAAAUCGCUUGGGAACGGGCAGGAUAUAGUAGGGGCGCCAGCUUGGGCUCUCCUGGCGCCCCGUAGCAUCGAGUGUCUUCUUUGUCUUCUUUCUCUCCUCACCCAACUCCCUUUGCCUCUCCCCAAACCGGGCCGCCAGGAUCCCUCCCCGCAGCGGCGAUGGCCCGAGCCAUGAGAGUGAGGACUUUCCGCGCCCAUUGGUGACCCUUCCAGGCAGACAGCCUCAGCAGCGCCCCUGGUGGACAGGAUGGUUCGGCAAAGCAGCCUGAGUUAUUUUUGUGGACGGAAUCGGAACACGCUGGCUCCAUAUCGUGAAAUUUUUAUUAAUUUUUUUCUUUUUCUUUUGUUAUUUCCUUAUCUCUUCCUUUCUUCAGACUCCGUCCAAGGAGAUGCUCUCCCCGGUCUUCUGCUGCAAUUAGAAUCCUUCCCUUCUCUCCAUUCCUCCUUCUCCCCUUGCCAAGGAGAGGGGAGCAAAUGGUUUUAGGCACAGGCUUUGACUAUUAAUGUUAGGCUGGGGGGUGGUGUCCUUUGGUUCUAAGUGUUUCAAGGGUCCAUAGCCACCCCUAAAGACGUUUGUCUUAAAUUUUUGAGUAGCAGUUUAUCUCUGCCACCUUGUCAAAGAGACUUGUGAAGUUGCCAAGGGUGGCUUUUCAUAACCAUCCUGCACUCCUGCCAGCAGUAGGGACACAGCUGAAGCCACCUUGGGCUGGCCUGCCAGCCCAGAGUCCUUUCCACGCUCCCCGACCACCUAAGCUGCCACAGAAUCCAUUUGUUCCUCUCCUUCCUGGAAGCCUUCCUCUUUUAUUUUAGUCCCGAAUGUCUGAAUGUUUUGCAGUGUCUAGGGGUUUGAGCCCCUCGUUCUUUGUUCUGCUUCUCUCCCCGCCCCUUCCCUCUUCAUGGAGUGAUUAUGUUGACAGUAAUGUGUAACGCGCGUUCUCUUCACUGGUUUAUCUACAGAAAUUUCUCUGGGCUUUUUUUUCGGUGUUUGAUUCAACACUGCACUAAAGGGGGGUGUUCCGUUGAAUAAAAGAGCAGUGUGGUUUUCUG